CCCAUUGGCCGACGCGACUCACCCGACACAGCUGUGACUGUUUUCUGCAGAGGAAGCCUGUCUCUGGUAUGAGGUCUGCGCUCAGGAAUGAAAUAGCAGCUUUUUUUUUUUCUGCCUCUCUCUCCCAAACGAUGAUGUGACCUAACGACGUGAUAACAGUCUGAGCAGUAAGAGAGCAGCACAACUCACAGCUUCAUCAUUGUCGAGGUGCGAAUGAACAUAGUCGGUUGUCGCUAGAUCAUACAUUUAGAACGUCUGGACAUCCAAGCACUCUAAGUGCCAAAUGCCAAGACUAGAAGAACACUGUUGGAGUCGCUCCUGUGCAUCGAGGGUGGAAUCAAAUAAUUUUUCUGGGGGGAACUGGGUCGCAUCGAGAGCUGAAGAAAUGAUGUCCAUUGUCACAACAGUGCUCAGCAAUGCCUAUGGCUCGCUGCACAGUGUGCGAGCAGCAAACUUGAUCAGACGGGGUCUCGUCCUUUUCACGGUGGGAGUAGUUCUUGCGUUAGUGCUCAACUUGCUGCAGUUACAAAGAAAUGUGACUUUGUUUCCCGAAGAGGUGAUGGCAACUUUGUUUUCAUCAGCGUGGUGGAUUCCCCCUUGCUGCGGCACGGCAGCUGCUGUUGUUGGCCUGCUAUACCCCUGCAUCGACAGCCAUCUAGGGGAGCCCCACAAGUUCAAGAGGGAAUGGGCUAGUGUCAUGAGAUGCAUCGCAGUGUUCGUUGGCAUCAACCACGCCAGUGCUAAACUACACUUUGCCAAUAAUGCCCAGCUAUCCCUGACCCUGGCUGCCCUGUCCCUGGGACUGUGGUGGACGUUUGAUCGCUCGAGGAGUGGCUUCGGCCUGGGCAUCGGGACGGCAUUCCUUGCCACCGUUAUCACACAGCUGCUGGUCUACAACGGCGUCUAUCAAUACACGUAUCCAGACUUUCUGUAUGUGCGCUCUUGGCUUCCAUGCAUAUUCUUCUCAGGAGGAGUGACUGUGGGGAACAUAGGACGCCAGCUAGCCAUGGGUGGUGUCGAGAAACUCCACAACGACUGAACAGAGAUCAGCUGAAGAGGGGAAAGAAGGAAGACUGACAAUAUGGAGAACAGGCGUAACAGAACCAAGUCUGCCAUCAUGGGGAGAGAGUUUGAAAGAAAAGAGACUUAUUAUUUUUUUACUACCUUUCUGUGUGUUAUAACAAAGAGCUAGCCAGAACACCCUUGACCUAACGUGCCAUGACCUAACGUGCCAUGACUUCUGCACCUCUUGGUGGCCAAAAUAACUUACAGUAUUAGGCUAGCCGCUAUGCUAUUCCUAUUAGGAUCCAUAUAGCAUUAUUCCAGAAGAUGGUCGCAAAAGUAUCCCUGUUAGGGUUCAUAUAGCAUUAAGCUAGCAGUUAGACACUAGGCUAUACCAGUUUGGUUCCAAAUAACAUUGUGCUAGCAGUUAGCUGCUAGGCUAUCCCUGUUUGGGUCCAUAUAGCAUUAGGCUAGCUUCUAGCCACUAGCUCCUCCCUCACUAUGGCAGAACAGUAUUUGCCCUUCCAGUUCUUCGAAAUGAAAAGUUAACUGGUUUCAGUUUUACAGUGUAAGAGUGAACUAUUAGCUUUUUGCAGGUGUGUGCAUGUGUGGAUUUGUGCAGGUCUUAACAGAAAAGACGAGGUGAAAAGGUGGUACUACAACGUUUGCUUUUUUGUUAUGGCUGAGUGCAAAAUGACCGUGAAAGGGAAACUUUCAGAGCUGUGCAAAAAUGUCUUGACACUCACAGAGACGGCGACCAACAGUAUGUCACCGAUGACAUGUAUUGUGUUCCCAAUAUUGUAAUUAACCAAGAAAAAUAGUUAUCUGAGAAAUUAGAAUGCCAACACCUAUAACCCCAAACCAAAUAUACAUGAGAUCACAGAUGAUGUGACCAUGUUUUGAAAGAAUGUACCAUGAUGCUACAAUAAGUAAGCAUAUUCAUGGUUUCAGUGAAAUCAGUAAUGAUAACAAAAAGGCACCUGAAUGUAAUCGGGUGUGAAAGCUCACCUCUUGGCUGACUUCGUGGAUAUGGUGUGCAACCUGGAGGUGACCUAUGACCCCUCAAAUGAAUGGCUGAUUUCCUAUUUUGAAUUUUCCAGACUUGGCAUUAAAGUUUAUGAUCAUACAUUAAGAGAAGGUGACAGGACAUUUUUACUAUGGCCUGGGGAUUUGCAAUCUGUGAUUGCCUUUGUAUUAUAGAAUUGAGUGCUUUUGUCACUACUAUACCAGUUCAAUUUUAUUACUUGUACAUAAUUAUAUAUUGCUUCCAUGUAUAGUCACUUCCUUAUAUAAUCAGACAGGUAUUACCACACUAUACCAAUCCAGUUCAAUAGUUGGGGGGCUAAAGGAAUAAAAGUGCAAUCACAUAUACCUGAGCUGACUAUUCUUCUUAUUUAUUAUUUCUGACAAUGGUUAAGAGGUGAGACUCCAUGGAAUCAUAUGCAGUGUGGAUAUAGAAAAGGAGCAUCAAAUAAGCAAUAACAGCAGCUUUUGUAAAAACAAAAAUUAUGUCUAAGAUUACUUGCAUUUUUCGACUGUAUACCAAUGACUAUUCUCACCAUGAGGAGAAGAAAAAAACAUUGUGUCAAACUGUUUGUAAAUUCUCCUAGUAGUUAAAACAUUAGUAAAUGGGAAUACAGAUUAUAAUUUUUGUAUAUUUUGUUAUGUACACAUCACAGCGAGAUUGGUUGGUACGCCUGGUUUGGUGUGAAGCUUUGCUCAAUUUCAGGUGUUCGUCCCAAAUGGCACCCUAUUCUCUAUAUAGUGGACUACUUUUCACCAGGGGCCCUGGUGUGCUGCUGGGAGAAAAGGAAGCUUUAUUAUUGGGGUGUUUGAAACACCUACUAUUUCUAUGUGUAGAGAGUGUGAGUGUGUUUUCAGCUGUGUAUCAUUUUUAUUACCUUGAAUCCAAGUGGAAAAUAAAAAGGAACUCCUAAUGA